AUACCUACCGUUUGUUGAUAUCACUAAGUAUAAGAGAAGACAGUUAGUACAGUGCGGCAAGCGUCAGUGUGUGUUCGGCAGUCGCUCAAAGUUUACCCUCUCGAAAAGCCGGGUCCAGCGGACCCGUUGUGCCAUCAGUGAGUGAAAAAUAGUUUUUCGUGAAAAACUUACAGUGGUACAUUUUGUGUUUCUUGCUUAAUUUGCAACGUAAGUAUAUCAUCAAGUGAAAUAAAUUUUUUUUCGUUAUUUCUUAGAUUUUUUCUUUUAUAUAGAUGGCUUACAAUUUACGGCAACGCUCCUUACGAGAAGAGUUACUUGAAACACAGUACGACGAAACUGAUUUUGGCGGGGAAGUGAGCGAUAAUGAAGAGGACAAUGGUUCUGAUUAUGAGCAUGAUCCAGAUGCAGACCUCACGGACACAGAACAAGAAGAAGAUGAAUUUGAUGACGAAUUGGAAGAUGCACCUCCUACAAAGCGAAUGCUUUUGAGAGAAGAAGAGGAAGAUGAACUUGAUUCUAUGCCACUUGGUGAUAGAUUACAAUCUCGCCGUAGAUCACGUGGAAGACCACAAUCAAAAUUGUUUGGAAAAGGAGGAAAAGGUGGAAAAGACAGGUUUGUUUGGAACCUGAAUCCAUCGACGCGUAAGUUCGGUAAGUUUUCGGAGCAAAACAUUUCGGAGCAAAAUAUUUCGGGACAUGGGAAAGUGCAUGUGUAGGUCGAUUUAUUUACAUUCUAUACUUGUGUAUACAUUCUGUCGCUAGAGGUAUACAUGUGAAAUACAUUGA